UUCAUAUGAUGAGGCUUUUAUUAUGGCCAGUGACCCCUUGGAAGGCUUUCAUGAAGUGAACCUCGCUUCGCCUACUACACCAGAUCUUCUUGGAGUAAAUGAGCCAGGCACUCAGGAACAAACUACCUCGCCCAGUGUUAUCUACCGACCACAUCCUUCUGUUGUGUCCGUCACACCAAUCCAACCCAAUGCAUUAAAUGUUUCCGAUCUUCCCACUCAACCUGUUUAUUCAUCUCCCAGACAACUGAACUGUGGAGAAGUAUCAGGUGUCAGCAUCAAUGUUACCGACGCAGUACUUUGUUCUACCUCUGGACCCCAGGGUGGGUCAUUCAAUCACAGUAAUUCCAGGAAGGAGAGCAAUAACGUAGAGAGAGAGUUUUUGCAGGGUGCUACAGUAGCAGAUGUUGCUGAAGGAAAUGAAGAUAUUUUUGGGUUGAGUACAGACAGUUUAUCUCACUUACGGAGCCCAUCUGUACUGGAAGUAAGAGAAAAGGGCUAUGAACGAUUGAAAGAAGAACUUGCAAAAGCUCAGAGGGAGCUGAAGUUAAAAGAUGAAGAAUGUGAAAGGCUUUCUAAAGUGCGAGAUCAACUUGGACAGGAAUUGGAAGAACUUACAGCUAGUCUGUUUGAGGAAGCACACAAAAUGGUUAAAGAAGCUAAUGUCAAACAAGCUGCAGCAGAAAAACAGUUAAAAGAAGCACAAGGAAAAAUUGAUGUCCUCCAGGCUGAAGUAGCAGCAUUGAAAACACUAGUACUGUCUACUUCACCGACAUCUCCCACUAAGGAGUUUCAGCCUAGUGGAAAAACUCCUUUUAAGAAAGGCCACACGAGAAACAAGAGUACAAGCAGUGCUAUGGGCGGCAGUCAUCAGGACCUUACCAUGAUGCAGCCAAUUGUAAAAGACUGUAAAGAGGCUGACCUGUCUUUGUACAAUGAAUUUAGAUCUUGGAAGGAUGAGCCUACUAUGGACAGAACAUGCCCUUUCUUGGACAAAAUUUAUCGGGAAGAUAUUUUUCCAUGUUUAACCUUCUCAAAAAGUGAGGUAAUGGAAAUAGGCCAAAUGUGGUCACUGACACUUUUCCCAUAA